UGAUCUCGGGGCAGGCUCGUCGUAUUGACGUCACGGACUAGGGGCGGGGUCUGCGCGGUGACGUUCCAGGAAGAUGGCGGGUGUGCGGAAUGUGGCCGCCCUGCUGAAGAAGGCGUGGGCGAAGGAGCCGGUGAUCGUGACCUCGUUCGCCAUCGGCAUCGUUGCUCUUCUGACACCACUGCUGAGCCCCUUUACCCAGUAUCAGACACGGAUGAAUCGUGCUGUACCUUUCCAGUACCCAGUACCUGUCCGGGAUGAUGGGAAUAUGCCGGAUAUUCCUUCGCACCCUUGUGAGAAAAUUGGGCCUACCCUCGAGUGGAUGAAGAAGCUUUGAGUUGCACAUGGAAUCAGUUUGUGGUGAUUUUUGAAGCUACAUAUGUGUGUGAUUGAGAAACAAAGAAAAAUAAAACUGGUGUUCAAAAUG